ACUUCAAAUUUCGAAGCUGGCCACUCAAUAGGAAUAAUUUUGACAUAAAAAAAACACAAUUACAAAUGGCGUUUACGUAGUGUAGACAGAUGUAUUCACGGCCACGAUGGGCGAUGAUUCUUUGAUAUUACGGGAAGAUGGCUAUAUACGUAUGAACUUUUCUGUAACUUCUCUCACGUACCACAGUAAUCUUAAUAUUAUAUUGGUGAAGACUGAUGUGGGUAGUGUACACGUUUUGGAUGUGAAUUCGGGUGUGAUACUGCAGUCUUCAUGUCUGUCAGCGGACGAAGCUGGUACGUUGGGAGUAGAGUACGCUUCCGGAGCGGACCGAGUUUUUGUGUGGGAUAGUAGUGGUAUUGGUGCACGCACUGAUUACAAUGGAGUGUUAUUACUUCAUACAGCUCUGCAACGUCCCCUGCCAAUUUCUCAUACUGAAAAAAACAUAAAGAUUGAACUUGUCUUAUCUGAGGCUGUGCUCCUGUAUCAAUGUCUUCAGAGCAUAGAUGCACAUUUUAUAGUAGGGCUUUCUGAUUUUAUCACUGAGUUGAAAAGUGCUAUUGAUGCUGAACCAGUCCGAAAAGGCGUCAAAGCCCAAAAGUGGAGUACAGUAACAAUAUGCCUGUCACUAUCAACUUUACGACUGGUGGCAGCUAGUGUUGUCCAAGAGCUCAAAGGACAGAGCCGAAGAAUUCCGGCCUUAGCUAUUGCAUCAGCUGUAGGGCAGAGAGCCAAUGAACUAGAUCCAUCAUUACGGGAUGAUGAGAAUAGACCCUUGAUGAGCUCCGAGGCUGAAAGGAAAGAGACAUUCAAAAGAUGGCCCCACAUGGAUUACAAAUGGGCUCUCCCAGCUCGUAUGGCACAGGCAGGAUUCUACCAUCAACCAUCACCCAGUGGCGAUGACCGCGCCAUGUGCUUCGCAUGUAACGUGUGUCUCGUUUGCUGGGAGAAGAGUGAUGAGCCUUGGGUUGAACAUGAGCGCCAUUCACCUAAUUGCUCCUUUGUUAAGGGAGAGUACACACACAACGUCCCCAUAUCAGUGACAAAUGCUACAGCUUGUGCAGUACCAUGUCCCAAUGUAGCAGUAGUGUCUAAAGGUAACACCGGUGAUCUUAUCGCUACAGGCACCGUUGAGGGAAAAGUAAACAUAUGGAGAUUCGAUUGUGGACUGAAAUUAGUCAAAUUUGUACAUGUUUCACCAUAUGACUCAAUUUUCAGUGGAAUUCUCACUACAGAUUACAAUAAAGUGUGGUCUACAAGCUUAGAGAAAGAUUCUUCUACAUAUAGCAUAGAAUUGACUGCAAUGACUUUUGCUGGAAUGACAACUCAAUCUGAGAACUACACUCAGGGACAAAAUCUAGAAAACAUUGAGAAAGAUCCAAAUAUAAACAAGACCAAACCAUCACUUAUAUGUGCUGUCAUUAUAACGAGAACAAAUCUCCCUGAACCCACUUUACCUGUAAAAGAUGAAAGUAGCAAAGCCCUCUUCGAUUCUGGAGCACUGUCUGAAGAAAAAGUACAAGCAAUGAACGAUCGAAACGAAGCCGAAAAUAGCAUGGGACUGACAGAAAAAAUACUGUUUUUGCUCACUUAUGACAUCCACAGUUCCUCAGCAGGGUCCAUCACUGCUGUUGUACCAACAUCCAAUAACAGUGCCAAUUCCAAACCAGGUGGUAGCAAGAAAGUUUGCUCAGUAACGAGGACUGACGAUGCACAUAUUUAUGACGAAAUUUACUUCCAAUAUUCUGAUGAUGACACAGAACUACCACAGUGUACUAAUACACUGAUUGACGAACAAAUAAGUAAUGUAAUAAAUUUGAAUGCAUCAUCAAGUAAGGACGACUGUAAAAAUUGGGGCGAAACUAAAAAGAUUUUUUUAACGAAGCAUUUUAAAGUUAUGCCACCCCCUCCACCUUCGGCAUUGUUGCCUGAACUGCAAGAAGCUGGCCCAGUUAGUAUCAUAGAUAUAGUAGGAAAGAAGAUGUCCCAAAUUAAAAACUGGAAAAGUAUGGAGAGUGCUGGUACCAAAAUAGUUGAUCAAACAGAUGCUGUCUUACAAGCUGACCCUUUUGUUCAUUAUCUGAAUAUGAGUGGACCUGUUGAAAUUCCCGAUUUUAAAUGGUACGAAAGUGGAGAAAGUACUGAGAAGAUCAAGUUUACUACAAUUACUGGAAGUAGCAAAUUAGGAACUCAAACGGCUGCAACAAAUACGAAUGACGGGUUUGAAAAUGAUCCGCCUCAGGAAGAAGCUAUCUCUCACGGAGUGGCAGUACAAUGUCUGACAUUUCCGUCUACGUUAACUCUAAAAGAUAAUCCCAGAGUGACACAUUUGAUGCCCACGGAAGAUAGAGAUCAUUUGUUUGUUGUUAUAUCUCAUGUUGAUCUUCAAAAACUAAGACUUGAAGACGAUACAGACAAUGAUGGGGAUACGAAAAUGGAAGUGGAUGAUGCAGACUUGGAAAAAAAGGCGGAUCUAAAAGCUUAUUUCAUCCUAUAUAGGCUAAACACUAAAACUUCAAUUUACACAUUAGAAGAUAAUCCAAUGUCAAUUCAAGAGUUACCCUACAAUGAAACUCCAAUAGAUUUAUGUUUAUUGCCACCGGAUAAACAUGAACAGUACUCCUUUGCAUCUGUUGGUAUUGAUGGUUGUUUGAGGUUGUACUCUUUGCCAGACUUCAAAAUUAUAUCUGAAAAACGAGUGCCAAAAGGACCUUUCACAUCAGUAACAUACUGUGCUUCAGUGGAAAGAUUGAGUGUGGCAACUAAACAUGGGAUCAUUUAUUUCUAUGCACUUAAUAAUGGAGAAAAUGAUUCAACUGGUGAUAUUGAUGAUGACGAUUUUGCUAAUAUUGAUUUUGACAUGCUUCAACGAGCACCUCGAGAUGAAGUUUGUGGACCAACACCUACGCCUAUUAUAAUAGCAAACAAAUCUGAACUAGAUACUAAUGAUUUGGAAACUUUGAUCAGCGUAACGGGGUUGUAUGGUACUAAUACGACUGUGCCUUACAGUGCAGUAGUGCCUGGUUUCUGGUGUGAAUUAUCACCUGCACAAAGACCAACAUCGGAUCACCAAAAUAAUAGAACUUGGCGAUUACAGAAUACGUCUUCAACUUGGGAUGAACAUGUUCUGGAGUUGACAUUACCAUACAGUGUCUCGUUAGCUCAUAUUGAAUUUAGCUUCACUUUGCAUACGGCAUCUACAAGUAGCUUACCAAUGAUUUUAGUAACACUUUUGAAACAAAACUUACAGGGGAUUGGUUACAAAAAAGAUGCUUCGUUUGAACCCAAAUCUGAUUCCCCAGAACAGAAUACAACUGAGGAGCCAAAUGUCCAUAACACAGAUAUACCUGUAAACAGUGAGGAAUAUUUACAAGCACAAAAUGUUGAAAUUUUAGCUGGUCCAUUAUUACUCUCUACUGGCUUAGAUUUGACACAACAGUCUGGAACGUUGAUACUGACAAGCCCUAGAUUAUAUAGGGCGAGGGGUAGAACGUUUUUAAUCCACAUUAAGACUUUAUUUGAUCCAGCAAAGGAUAUGAAUAAAGCCAAUACGAAAACUGGGGAAGGAUCUAAAAAAUCUGGAUUCAUUGGAUGUGACUGGUUGCAUCAGAUCUCUUUAACUGUUCGCUCAAGCCCUCAUACCAAUGUGCCUAUGGAACGUCAGCAGAGGAUAGCUAUGCUCGAAUCUAAUACAUUUUUGAACACAUUGUUUGAAAUAGCUAUAGACAAAAAUGAUAUUAACAAGAGAAAACUCGCACUGGAUCUCAUAAUAUGGGUUGUGUCUAUUAGACUUCAAAGGAUGCGAUUAGGAUCUAGUGACAAAGUAAAGAUCAAAAGUGUCGAAGCUAAUCAAUUAGAAUGUAUUAAAAUAGUUGAGAAAAACAUAAAUUCAUUAAUAAAAACCUGUAUUUUAUGUGGAAACCGCAGUCUUGCCAAAAAAUGUAUGAAAAUUAUACUAGUAACCAGCGAGGGUGACAAACAAGUGCCUAGACCAUGGAUGUCGACUUUUGACGCGACGCUAUCGGGCAGCGUCACGGAGUGCAUUCCCUACCUGGGUGCGUGCGAGUCUCCGGGUGCCCUGCGGUGGCUGGUCACUCUGGCACAGCACUGCACGCAUCGCUCCACGGCACCCGCCCUGGUCUCCCGGUGCCAAGUUCUACUUGAGAAAACAGCUCGUUGCCUGCGAGAGCGAGCUAUCGUCUACCACGACUUGCUAAGAGCCAGAUUUGGGCUGUACGGUUUGCCGCUGGAACGCACCCUGUUUGCAACCGAAGUACCGGAGCUUGGCCGGGGUACGCCCGCUCCCGUUACGUACGCCAGCGUACUCUCUGGCGAUAAUACGACACCACAGCCGCCACCACCACCACCGCCUCCAAUACCGAAACUUGAUCACCAACUGAAGGAUUUACUUAAUUUACCAUUAGAAAUCGAUUUAAAAGCGACUCUGUCUCCGUCUGCGUGGUGGGCGCAGAGCAACAGCGUGGCGGUAUUCGGCUCGGGGCUGUGCGAGUCCAUGCCGCUGCACGUCACGUGUCAUAUCGCCUCCGACGGCACCAAGCUGGAGUCCACUGGAGGGAGACACUACCCUGCUGUGGUCAGCACCCUGCCUGGACCUGGCUCUGCAGAUCCCAAUCAGUUGUGGAAUGUAAUGAAGGAAGGUCAAGCCAAACAAACAUCUCAAGAUCCUGACUCAUUAGAGGAUGUGGAAAGUUCAAUGAUGGAUUGCGAUUCCCAAGAGAAAUUAGAAUUUUCGGAAGAAAAGUACUUUAAGGAUCAAGAACAGUGCAACAUACCUUGGGCCUCUCUGGUUACACGGCCGCCUCAACACACCCUCAUUGUGGAAAGAAUGCACUCGGGCGCUAGGAGAUACAUUAUAUUGGAUUUCGGACACACAGUGCGACUUACUGAUAUCAUAAUUCCAGCGUGCCCCGAUUUAGUAACACUGGGCAUUGAUAUCUGGACCAACUGUGAAGAAACUAACUCGGUCAAACUAGCAUAUGCCACUGACAUAACCAAUAAACAUCUCGUCCUCACUGAUAUACAACCUCCGCCUCUUUGCCGAUAUAUGAAGAUAACUACAAUCGGUCGUUAUGGUAUGUCUGCCAUGAAGUGUAAAAUACCACUUGGCUGGUUCUAUGGCGAGAUAGCUGAUAUUGCUAAUGUUCCAGCGUCCAUUAAUGCACUCAACGCACUGCACCAAGAUUUGACUUGUAGAUUCAGGUUGGCGACAGGCAAACUAAUGGACCUCCUAAAUCCGUAUCUGGAACUGUACAAUGGUAAUGCAGUCCACAUGAUGUCUUACCUGAAUAGUACAAUGGAUAACGAAGGAAAAGUUAUAACAGCUUACCACGAGUGUAUAGAGCUCCAGCAACAGAUACAUACAUGUACUAAUGUUUUGAAGAAACUGCAGAAUAAAACAGAUAGCACCCGAAGCAUACCAGAGUUGAUUGCAAAAGGAAAGGUGACCACUGAAGGUCUCCUUCAGAUGUGCUCGACAGAUAAACUUAGAGUUAUCACAGAGAAUAUUGUGGAUAUGUUGCUUUAUUUCUAUUUCCAAAUUGGUGAAAUACAAUACGAGGAGGUGACUCUGGAAUGGUGUCAGAAAGUGACUCCGAUGCUAUGGGAGUGGAGCGGGCGGAACGCGGGCGCGCUGGCGUCGCUGUUGGCGCGUGCGUGCGGCGCCGCGCCCUGGUGGGGGCCGCACGUCGCCGACACCCUGACCGACGCCUUCGGGGCCUACGACGCACCGCCCAUCGCGCUCGACAGGUGUCUGGUGCUGAUAAUGUACAUGUGCCGUAAGAGCGUGCUGUCGGACACCGAGGGAGGCGUGUGCCCGGCGCUCGCGACCCGCACCCUGGAGCUGCUGCAGAGCGGGAGACCACAACCGGCGCUGACGGCUGCACUACUGACUGCCUUGUCAGCUGUUCUAGAUGCUGUGUCUGCAGUCACCAAUAAACAUACCAGAUGGGACUGGGUGACGGGCGGGCGGCCCGGCGCCAGCAGCGGCGCCGACACCAGCGCCACGUCGCCGCGCGUGGCCGACUGCCGGCUGCACAGGCGCAAGCUGCACAAGAAACUGCUGCACCAGGUGCGCGAGGUCGAGGCUGCCAAGACCGGCAUGCAGGUCGCUUUGGAAGAUCAACAGCUAUUACAAAGAGCUCGCAUGAGUCUUAAAGCUCGACUAGCCGUGGCUGGUAAGCGUGCGCUAAAAGCUGACGUCAUAGGCUCGGGCGCUGAUUUUCCACCGCCCAGACCUCUGUCUCCCGCGCUGGCCGGGCAACUGGCCCAAGCACUGGUUGCUCACAUCCUGGCAGCCGACAGUGCCAGUGACGGAGACGCAUUGUUGCUCGCCGCUAAGGUGGUGGGGCGGCUGUGCGCGCUGUCAGGCGGCGACAGUCUGCUGGAGCCCUCGUGCGUGCUGGGGCUGGCGCGCCUCGCCGUCACGCUGCCGCCCUGGCCCAGGCACGCGCUCACCACGCUGCUGCAGGAUCUGGUUGAGUACGAAGGUGGCGAAGUGAGUAGCGAAGAGUGGGGCGGCGGCUCGCGCGUCAUACACGUGGCGUCUGAGAAGAAGUCUGGGAAAACUCGCAAGAACAAGGGACCGACUGUUGCAGAUUUGCUAGCGGAUAGUUUUGGUAUGGCGAAAGGCAUUCCCAAACCGACCUGUGUCAUGCCAUCAAUGUCAAUCAAGGACAUCGACGUAGAACUAGAUUUAAAUCAACCAGAGUCCAAUGAUUCAGACUCUUCGGAAGAGAAACUCGAUCAAUAUUUCUUGGAGGCCGUUAAAAAAGUCACUAGUAGUCUCAAAAUCGCUAUCGACACAAGCAAUAGCAACUUAUCUCAGUGCGCGGACGCUCGGCUGGAGAGCGCGGGUGGCGGCGCCGGCGGGCCGGGCGAGGGCUUGGCUCGGCGCGCCCUGCUCACCACGGGACACGCGCUGUCCAUCGCCGUGCUCACCGCACCCCUCGCGCCCCGCACGCCGCCCGCCGCGCCGCCCCCCGCGCCUCCCCUGCGACACCAUCCCCCGCUUACGCACACGCUCUACGAUGUCUUCAGGCAUCUCGCACUUGAGUUCCACAAUAAGAUCGAAUGCUCGUUUAUGGAGAACGUAGUGUCCCUCUGGUUGACCCUGAACGGCUCGGCGUGGGGCAGCGGCGGCGCCUGGUCGAUGGCCACGCUCGCAGUGCCCGUGGACAGGCCGCGAAUACGAUUGGCGUCUGAUACUGUUACGGCCUUGCUUCAGUCUCUGUGCAAAUUAGAAAACGUCUCGCUCCGCUGCUGGGUAUUAUCCAUGCAAGCCUUGGCGUGGAUCGCGAGCUUGCCCCUGCUGACUGAAGACGGCUGUCAGACUAUGGGUCGUGUGAUUUUGGAAUGUGAACACUUCGUACCCACGUUAGUGAAGUUCGUCACGAUGAACGUGAACGCUGACGGCACGGUCGCUUCGUCGGAACCUUACCUCGGCGGAGCGCAUAUAGGUGCCGGAGCCGGCGCCGCUUCGGCGCUACACUCGGUGAUGUCCCGUGUGGUGUGCGGGCGCGGCUCUGCGGGCGCGCUGGCGGCGCUGCGCACCGUGGUCGGCGUGUGGACCCGCCCCUCGCCGCCCGCCCCCGCCUCCGACUUGCACGCCACGUUGUUACGGCUCGCUCAUCCCAUGCUGCCAGUUCUGUCAUCGCAUCACCUACAUCACGCCUUACCUCUCUUCGAAACAGUCGCGCACGCUUCGUGGUGGUGGGUGUGCGAGACGAGCUGCGGGCGCGGCGAGGGCGGGGCGGAGGCGCGACUGUCGGGUCUGCUGGCGGACGCGUUGGCUGCCGGCGCCGGCCGACGGCCUCCACUGCGCCGCGCUCUCAUUGCGCAACUGUUGCACUAUUGUCGUAGGAUGCUGGCUCUACCUUUGCCGCAGAACGAUCAAUCUGCCGGAUCCUCAUCGUCAUCCUCUAAUGCGGGAUCGUCGGGUCCGGAACAGUCUCAGACAGACGAGAGCAAGGCACAAAACAACGCUCGUGAAGCCAACGUCGAAGAUGAAAGAAAACAGCAAGCGGCCCGAACUCCGUGCUUUGCCGAUACCGUAUUACAACAACAUCAGAUAAUGUACAAUCUUUAUAAAACCCUAUCCAUAUGUGACGGACUCAACAUGGCUCUCUUAAAUUCAGACAAAAACUUUUCGGACUUGAGCAUGAACUCUGAGACUGCUUCAAUGAAAGAAGAAAUGUAUUGGCUGGUGGCACAUAUCGCCGCCGCUGCUUCGAACCCAAGUCUGAUGGUUCCCAGCCUCAUCGAAUUUAUACGUAAAGAAGAUUUAGUCAAGUUAUCACAAUCUAUGCAGCUAGUCAUGAUUCGUUUACUGGACAAUCCGGAAGCUCUCGGUGCUUUCAUAGAUGCCGGAGGUUUUGAACUUGCAGUUGAGAAACUCACUGCUUGUCAUCAGGCCGGUCCGAACAGUGGACAAGGGCUCGUGUCUUCUUUGAUGAACUACCUUAAGCUUCCUCCUCAAAUAAUCAACAUGUCAACUUCAGCAAACUCUAACAAGAAAAACCAAAUGCCAGUUGUCGAGACUUCUAAUGGACUGAUCAAUAUCGCUCCGUUUUGCACGGUGACUUGCGGGAACCCGACAGCGCAGGCGGCGGACGUGCUGCUGGACGGCGGCGGCGGCGCCAACGUGCGGGCGGCGUGUGCUGCGCGACGCGUGCGGGCGGCCGCCUGGUCCUACCACUUCUUCAGCGCAGACGACGCUUCUCUCGCGAUCACACUCAACCUGCCCUACGCCGUCCAACUGCACGAGGUGCAGCUGCAGCCGCAUCUCACGAGCCUCGCCACUUGCCCUGGUGCUGUCGCAGUAGAAGCGGGCUGCGGAGGUACGCUGGCUCCGCUGGGGCCUCCUCAGACUACAGCCGGGACGACCUUCAUCCGGCUCGUUAUAUCGCGGCCUAUAGUCUGCAACACAGUACAAGUGCGCCUGUACAAGCCGAGAGACAGCUCUAAUAUGGGUCUACUGCAGUUGAAGCUACUAGCCAUGCCCGCAUUCAAUACGACGAUACCUAUCUCAGCGAAUACGAAUAAGUGGGCGCGCGUGGUGUCGGCGAUGAGCGGAGCAGGAUCCCGCGUGUCGGAUGCCCAAUGGGCGGCGCUAUGCAGCGGCGGUGCGCUGGCAGCGCUGUGUGCGUGCGUGGCGGCCGGUGGGCCCGCGCAGCACCCCGCUGCCGACGCGCUGCGAGCCGCCGCGCGACACUACCCGCUCGUGCGACCCCAUCUAGUGGCAGCGCUCCUCAACAUGGACGCGCACGCUCACGCUAACGCCUUCCAAGCGAGCCGCGCAGGUCGCGCGAACAGCAGCAUGAGCGCGAUAUGCGGCUUGGUGCGCGCCGUGUGCGCGGAGAGCGCGGCGCAGUCGGCCGCCACGUACGUGCAGUGGCUGGCGGCCGCCGCCGAGCGCUGGCUGCGCACGCGCACGCCGCCCCCCGCCGCCUUCACGCACACGCUCGCCAACGUUUUAUGGACAUUGAAAGAAAAACAGCUGCUGGAUAAUGUAGAAGAAUUAAUUACGGAUGAUCUCUUUGACUUGGUCUAUACCUGGAUCAAAGAAGUGCCAGAAGCAAGUCUGCUGAAGAAAUCACUUGACGCAGUUUUAUGCUCGAUGUGCUACAUACGUCCGGAACUAUUCAAGAUGCUACUUGAGCAUAUGGAUAUACCAAUGGAUCAAGAUGAAAGCAUGGAAGGCGUGACCGACGACACCAAGGUGCAGGGCUCCAGCAGAGAGGGCGGCGCGGCGGACGGCGGCGUGGCGUGGCGCCUGCGCGGCUGGCAGCUGCGCACCGUGGCCUGCGCCGCCAUGUCGCCCGCCGCCACGCUCGCGCUGCUGCACUCGCGCCUGCCCGCCGCCGUCGUCACCGCCAUCGCAGAAUUCAGCGACGCUAAAUUGGAGGCAAUAAAACUUCAACGUGAUGCUCAAGGAGAUGUACCAAUGACGGAUUCGGAUAGAACCACUGGAAUGAGUAAAACUGGUUUGACAUCAAUGAAGAGUGUAUGUGAAUUAGUGGAAUGGGCGCGGCUGGUUUGCACAGAGCGUAUACUUAAGGAUUGGCUUGGAGGACCAGGUUCUUGUUUCUGGACACCACUAUUGCGACUGCUUUGUUACCCGAGACACGCCGAGAGCACCUGGCACGAAGGCGCAGAGUACGCGCAACUGGAGGAAAAUACUAUACGCCUAUUUUCCGAAUUAACAGUUUGUCACCCCGCCAAUCAGAAACUAUUCGCGUCAACGUUGCACAGCAUAUUGGAGUCCGUGCACUGUACAGGUCCUGAAGGCAUCAGCGGGUUCAGUCGCGCGCUGAUCCUGCGGCUGGUGCUGUCGGCGGAGCGCGUGCGCGUGGCGGUGCGCUGGGCGAGCGGCGCCACGUGCGUGGUGGGCGGCGCGGGCACGGCGCUGGAGGGCGCGAACCACCCCGCGCUGCACUGCGACGCGCUCUACUCGCUGCCGCUGCACACCUCGCUCAGGACGCUCAUCGCAGUGUCUGGCGGAUCUGCUAUAUUUUUCCCUGUGGUGGAGGAGUCGAAGCAGAGCGUGAGCAGCUCCGGCACGGCGUCCGUCCUACGCAGCGCCUCGGAUCCCGCGAUCGGGGGCGGCGCUGAAAUGUGGGAAUUGAGUCUGGCUGCGGCUAGCGUGUCCAAAGAUAAGCGUGUUAAGGAUGUCAAAAACUCUUCCCUCAAGCACCACGCCAGCAAGAAACGGCAGACUAAAGCUGAAACCACCGUCGCGGCAGUGACCGAAGAUAUGGUCGAAGGCAACGUGCGCAUAAAAAUAGAAGGCAUAGACGCAUACGUGGGCGGCAACGUGACGCUCGGACAACUGAUAUCUUCUGUGCCGCAAGGGUACGGACCUCAUCUCACCGUGUCAUUGCAUUUCGACACCACGGGGGUCAUUUUUACAGAGGCGGUAGGACCUAUGUGGGACAAUAACUCGUCUAGCAGCGGGGUAGCGUCGAGCACGCUGGUGCGGGAGUUUGGUGCGUGCGGCGGGCUCGCGCUGGUGGCGGCCCGCCUGCCGCGCCCGCACGCCGCGCCGCCCGACCCGCCGCGCCCCUCGCACCAGCAGGACCUCGACUGGGUCAAACUCGACGACGCCUAUGAGGAGGUGGUCGAGCUAGCAGUGACGUCGGGCAGUAACGGUCCCGACGAGUCGACCUGCACCGGGGUGCCGGCUCACGCGCUCAUCGCCCUGGGCUUGUUACUGAAGCUCCCUGGAUACGCCGACGCGCUGCUGGACGAAGGAGCUCGCGCUGUCCACCUGCUGCGGCUGUUGCUGGGAGUCACGCACGACGAAGAAGGACGUAGCAUAGCGGUGAGCGGCGGCGGCGGCAGCGGCGGCGCAGGCUGGUCGCUGGGCACGCUGCCGCUGGUGGUGGUGUCCCGGCUGCUGGAGAGGGCUCCGCGCGGCACGCCGGAGGGCGCGCAGCUGCGGCGCGACCUGAUGGCACUCGGGGCGCCGCGCCUGCUGCUCGCCUGUCUCGCUGUGUUUACCCACCACCAUCACGCCUCGUCCAACGACAACAGCCAAGCGUCGAACGGGUCGACGGGUAAAACUGAAGAGAAGAACCAACUGUACUGGGCGAAGGGUACCGGCUUCGGCACCGGCUCCACGCAGCAGUCCUGGAACGUGGAGCAGGCGCUCAUGCGGCAACGCACCGAGGAGGAGCACGUUACGGCGCUCCUACAAGUAUUAGCGUCGUACAUAAAUCCAUGUGAAAAGUGGCCCCCCGAAGAAGGUCAGGAGUCCUCACCGGAUACCGAGAGUGAAGCGAACUCUACUGAAGCUCCCAGCGAGGAUUGCUCAGACCUGCCUUCAGAGUUUAUUGAUCUCAUAGCCAACAGCUCCCUAGUACCUGCCAUCUGUUCGUAUCUUAGGAAUGAUUCAGUGCUGGACAUGUCGCGGCACAUCCCGCUGUACGUGUGCGUGCUGCGGUGCGCGCGCGGGCUGGCGUCGCUGCGGAGCGCGCGCCUCGCCGCCCCGCUGCGCCCGCUGCCGCGCCUGCUCGCCCAGAUGAGCCGCACCACCAACUCCUACGCCACUAAACUCAAAAUGAGUAAGAAGACAAUAUUUGGCAAGAUGACCUACAGCCAACGAUUCUGUCCAGCCACAAAUUCCGAAUUAUCAGAAGAGGACGAGGGAUUAGCUUCACUAAUUGCCGACGUACAGGCCACGUCAGCGAUGAUGUGCAGCGGCAACGUGACCGGCUGGGAGGAGGCGCGCGGCACUCCCAACGCGCCGCCGGCCUCACGCGAGGCUCGGUACAUCCAGCUCAUGAGAACUAUGCAAUUCGAUACGUACGAGAUGAUAGCCGAGUGCCCGGAGGCCGGGUUCAAGUUCACCGUGCCGUACCACUUCGAGGGCACCGUGCGCGCGGCCGGCGAGCGCUCGCACCCCGCGCGCGUCAAGCGGCUGGCGCAGGAGGCCGCCACGCUCGCCACCAGCCUGCCGCUCUCCUACUCCUCCUCCGUCUUCGUGCGGUACGACGCCGUCAGGCUCGACGUCAUGAAGGUUUUGAUAACCGGUCCAUCGGAUACGCCGUAUGCGAACGGCUGCUUUAUCUUGGACGUGUACUUCCCUGCCGAGUACCCAUCGGUACCGAUGCUCAUAAACCUGGAGACGACGGGUCGCCACUCGGUCAGAUUUAACCCUAACCUCUACAACGAUGGCAAGGUCUGCCUCUCCGUACUCAACACCUGGCAUGGCAGACCUGAGGAGAAGUGGAACGCUCACACGUCAAGCUUCUUACAGGUAUUAGUGUCGAUCCAAUCACUGAUCCUGGUCCCGGAGCCGUACUUCAACGAGCCGGGAUACGAGCGCAGCCGGGGCACGCGCGUGGGCAGCACCGCCUCCCUCGAGUACAACUCCAACAUAUACCAGGCUUGCGUGCGGUGGGCCAUGCUGGAACAUCUACGGAACCCGGAACCUUGCUUUAAAGAGGUGAUUCAGACUCAUUUUUGGAUAAAACGAAAUGAGAUAAUGCAAACUGUGGCGAAUUGGAUAACUGAGCUAGAGGGACAGGGCGGAGACGAGCGCACGCAGAGGAGCAUACAACUGAACCUCAUGGGGCUCAAGCGUCACUACGUUAAGCUGCAAGAGGAGCUCGCGAAGCUGCCGGUGCCGGCUGGCCUCGAGGAGCUGGACGAGCCGUUCCAGCUGCCCGCCGCGCCGCCCCGCCCCGCGCCCCCGCCCGCCGCGCCAGAACCCCGCCCCGCGCCGCCUUCCGACGACGAGAUCGAUCACGACAUGGAGAAGAUCGUCGCUUCCUUCCUCGACUGAGCGCUGGCCCCUCCACCGGCCUGCGCCUCGACACCGCGCGGGGUGGGCGGAACAGGAAUCGAUCUCUUAGUCGAGCCUGCGUUUGCGAGCGCAGCGCCGCACCGACAGCUUCCCGCGAGUCGCCCGCCGCCAUGGCGCCACCGUCGCGGCCGCACCCGUAUUCAGUACACUAGUACCGUUCAUAUCUUUGUAGCGAGUUUAUUGUUCGUAAUGAAUGUUUUCAUUUUGUAGUAAACGUUUUACAUAAGUGUUUAGGAUUAGUGAGAUCUUUGUUCGGUUCGUGAAUGUACCCCGUGUCCCGAUGUGUUUACCGUGUGUGUGUGUAGUGUCGAUAAAUUGUAAAAUAGUUCAAUUAAGAAGUCUGCCGAUAUAUUAUGUAAUUAACUUAGCACAAGUUAGUGAAUUCAUAUUUACGUAUAAUAUUGGUGUUAUCGUGUUAGAUGUAAUGUUCGGUACUCUAUAGGGGAGUCUUCAGGUACCGAUCACUCGAAAUAUGUACGGGCUAAUCGCGGGUAUAUACAGAUAGAGCGCCUUGCUGUGUCGCAGUGCGAGAUGUUCACUAGAAUGGGACGUGUGUGUGUGUACAUUGUCGCGUGUCGGGACGACCGAACGAACGCCUCGCGAACAGAAACUUGUAUAUUAAAAUAUAAUUUGAUGUAUAUAAUAACGUUUUAUUUUUUGUAUUUAAGUACAUAUAAAUAAAUAAUUUAACGCGCUCUCAAAGAGUAGGCAAAGGCGGAAUGAUACGUACGACUAGUUUGAUAAAAUGUAAUAUGAAUGAAUAAAAUUUUAACACUCGGGUAUAAAAAUUGUAUAGGCCUAGCCGACUCAGUCAUUUUAUUUAGGGGACAAUAAUUUUAUUUAUCAUUUAGACAGUAACAGUGUUAUGUUAUUGAAACGAGAAAUUAAUUUGGGAAAACUUGUUAACUAGCUCAAAAUGAACGUUAUUUAAGCUCGUGGUAAUUUAAAAAAAAAAUGACGUAUGUAUUUAUCUUACUGAGUAUUAUUUUAAAACAAGACUGUUUACUUAUUCAGUGAAUCAUCUAAAUUAUGUCUUCGUAACACUGUGUAGGCUGUGUUUUAUGUAAUUACGUACGCGUGCUGCGUGCACACGACGCUCCUGGGCCCUCGACGAAAUUAUGUAACGUGUAUUAUAAAUAUUAGAAUGUAUUAUAUAACCUGUCUCGUUGUAAUUUCAUUGUCAGGUAAUUUGAACACGAACUUGUUAUAUUUGACUGUGAAUUUCGGUGUGUAAAUAAAAAAUAUGUUAUCGCAGUACAAAAA